AAGAGUCGGUGCGCGGGAGGCGCUGGCGCGCGCACGCAGCAGCCGUGCGAAGCGGGCGCGCGCUCGGACGCGAGCUGGUGGUGUGUAGCUGGAGUGCGCGCGGCGACCCGGCCUUAACUAUGGCUCACCGGCCCCAGAGGACCUUCCGGCGGCGGCAGGUCGACUCCAGCGACAGUGACGGCGCCGAGGAUCCGACUGCUGAGGCCGAGGCGCAGAGGGAGCGGGCGGCCCCGGGCUCGCCGGAGCAGGGUCCGCCCCCCGGAGUCCGCGCGGAGCUGGCGGGGCCGCAGCGCCGGGCCCGGGGCCCUCGGGGCCGCAGUCGGGUCUGGGCGAGCUCGCGGCGCGUGGACGGCGGCUCGGGCGCCCCAGAAUCCAGAAGAAUUGACCUUUCAACAGAUGAAGAGGAUGGAGCACUGCAUUCUACAGAGAGUAAAGAUGAUCAGACCUCGUCCUCUGACAGCUCUAGCUCUCCAGAAGAAACAAAAUUUUCAUCAGCAGUUAAAAUCCCUGAUGCAGCUGCUAUUCAGGCAGCCCGCAGAAAACGUGAACUGGCCAGGGCCCAGCAUGAUUAUAUUCCUUUGGAUGUGAAACAUCCCUCCACCACCUCUGCUGUGAAGGGGGACAGUGGAGAGGAUCCUGAGAGUGAGCCUGAAGACCAUGAAAAUAGAAUACUGUUUACCCCGAAGCCUCAAACGCUGAGACAAAGAAUGGCUGAGGAAACAACUAGCAGAAAUGAAGAAACAAGUGAAAACAGCCAAGAGGAUGAAAGUCAAGAUAUUUGGGAGCAGCAACAAAUGAGGAAAGCAGUUAAAAUCACAGAGGGAAGAGACAGAGACCUUUCCCACAUCAGAGAUUCUCCAGCAGUGAAGAAGUUUGAUACUUCCAUUUCAUUUCCACCAGUAAAUUUAGAAAUUAUAAAGAAGCAGUUAAACACUAGAUUAACAUUACUACAGGAUACUCAUCGCUCACACCAGAGAGAAUAUGAAAAAUACGUAGAAGAUCUCAAGAGCUCAAAGAAUACAAUCCAGAAUCUAGAGAGUUCGUCAGAUCAAGCUGCAAAUUAUAGGUUCUAUAAAAGCAUGAAAAUGUAUGUGGAAAAUUUAAUUGACUGUCUAAAUGAAAAGAUUAUCCACAUCCAAGAAAUAGAAUCAUCCAUGCAUGCACUUCUUUUAAAACAAGCCAUGACCUUAAUGCAACGCAGGCAAGAUGAAUUAAAACAUGAAUCAACGUAUUUACAGCAGUUACCACGCAAAGCUGAGAUACCAACAAAUGGAAGCUUAGCUGUAGAUGAAAAUACGCCAAGGAUUUUAAAAGAAGUUGAAUCUCGAAGGUCACAAAGAAGACAAGCAAGGACACUUGCUGGGAAUUGUAACCAUCAGGAGGGGACAUCUAGUGAUGAUGAACUGCCUUCUGCAGAGAUGACUGACUUCCAGAAAAGCCACGGUGACAUUUUACAGGAUCAUAAGAAAGUUUUUGAAGAUGUGAAUGAUGAUUUUUGUUGCAUCCAGAAUAUUUUAUUGAAAUUUCAAGAAUGGCGAGAGAAGUUUCCUGAUUCCUAUUACGAAGCUUUCAUUAGUUUAUACAUACCAAAGCUUUUAAAUCCUGUAAUACGAUUUCAGUUGAUUGAUUGGAACCCACUUAAGUUGAGUUCCAUAGGUUUAAAACAGAUGUCAUGGUUCACAUCUAUAGAAGAAUUUAUUGAUAGAGGUGUUGAAGAUACAGAGAAGGACAAUAGUUCUGAUAAAAAAAUCUUGUCUGCUGUCAUCAACAAAACAAUUAUUCCUCGACUUACAGACUUCCUAGAAUUCAUUUGGGAUCCCUUGUCAACCUCACAAACAACAAGUUUACAAACACACUGCCGAGUGAUUCUUGAAGAACAUUCUACUUGGAAAAAUGAAGUUAGUAAAAGCAAACAGGAUUUACUUAAAUCUAUUGUUUCAAGAAUAAAGAAGUCAAUAGAAGAUGAUGUUUUCAUACCUCUGUAUCCAAAGAGCACUGUAGAAGAUAAAACAUCACCACAUUCAAAGUUCCAAGAGAGACAGUUCUGGUCAGCUCUAAAGCUCUUCCGUAAUACUCUUCUUUGGAAUGGACUCCUCCCAGAUGACACAUUGAGAGAGCUAGGACUAGGAAAGCUGCUAAAUCGCUACCUUCUUAUAGCUCUUCUUAAUGCCGUCCCUGGGCCAGAUGUUGUUAAGAAGUGCAGCCAGAUAGCAGCAUGUCUCCCUGAGAAAUGGUUUGAAAAUCCUGCUAUGAAGACAUCUAUUCCCCAGAUGGAGAGCUUCAUUCAGUUUCUAUUGCAGUCUGCACAUAAUUUAUCUAGAAGUGAAUGCAGGAAUGAAGUCAAGGAAAUAAUUCUUAUUCUGGUGAAAAUAAAAGCUUUGAAUCAAGCCGAAUCCCUCAUAGAAGAAAAUCACCUAGACGAUCUGAAAUCACUAAAGAAGUUUGAAUAAACUUUGUAAGAAAGUACUGAAAUGAGAUUUUAACGUAGUCACACUCAGUGGCUUGGCUGAAGAAAAGCUGGUGCCGCUCCAUUCCCUCUGACGGAGGGUAGGGUUUGCAGAAGAGCAGAGCUCGCUCCCUCCGUCCCCGCACACUCUGCCUGCUGGCAGCAUGAAAGGGUCCCCUUCCCGAUUCUGUUUUUGAAAGAAUUAAAUGCAUGGGAGCAGUAAGAACUCAGUGUGUUUCUUUUUCUUUCUACUUCUUUUUCAGUUUUAAAGGGCAGUUGGAGGAAUUCUGCAGUGAACUCUUUCAACAUAGAGAAGCAUGCUAAGUCUUCUGACUUCUGAACCAUAAAGUUGUGCUUAUUGAACUCUAUUUAUUUAAAUAAUAAGUCUUAACUGGAAUGAAGUGUUAAAUAUUUGAGGCAUUUUAAGGCAUUCCACAACCAAUCAGCGAAUUGUACUUCAGAAAUCUGUGCCAAUUUACUGAAUCAACACAAGGGUAAGAGAGCCCCAUUAUAUCCCCAUUGGCAAUACAUAGGUACUGGUAUCAUCAUCUUGUUAAUUCAGUGCAAAUUUGAUAAGUAAAAAGAAAAUGAUUUUGUUUUGGCUGUUAGAAAGUAAAUGCGUUGGUUUUAGCUAUUUGUAAUUCUUUCUGAAAUACUCAUCAUUUUUAAGGCCUUCAUAUUUAAAAAUACUGAUCUAUUGCCUGUCCUGCAUAGCAAAUAGUUUUUUGGUCACCAUUUUUCUUUUAAUUUUUGUCUAAGAUGGUUCCUGGCAUAAGUCAUAACUUAUUAGCAAUUUCCUGCUCUUUUUUGUCAUUGGUGGUAUAAAAAGGAAACAUUUUAAAUAUUUAGAAUAUGUGAUUCAUUUUCUGCUAAAAAUAAUACUUGUCAGCUUAAAGAGCUACAACACAAGGUAAUAAGUUUUGACAAUCGAUUUUGCUAGUAAUUUUGUUAACAUCUAUUUGUUAAAUAACUUGAGCAGUUUUAAAUAUCUAUUUUGUAAAUUGUUGCCCAAAAGAUACUGAGCAAAAAUGGUUAAUAUUAUAGGCUUUGUAUCAUUCUUCAUCACUUCUAUUUUCAAAAUUACACAGAAUGUAUUUUCACAGGUAUGUUACCUCUACUGCAGUGAAGCCUUGAUUCACUAGUGUGAGGGAUUUUUUAAUUUAUAGUACUUGUAUAAAUAAGGUGGCAGUAAAAUUGCAUCUGUAAAAUUCAAACCAUUGCUUAAAAGCAUUGAGAGAUGGAGGGGGAAGAGGGAUAGUAAAAAGAAUUAGGAUGUGAAAUGUACACAAACCAGCUCUCGAUGAUGAAUGUAGCUAGGGUGUACUGCAAACAUGCAUGUACUAAUAAAGAUAAAAGUUUUUAAAUAAGCCAGAACAAAUUUGUGAAAAGGAAAAAAAGCAUUUAGUAUUCCUGUAUAGCCAACUUCCCCAGUGAGAAAUUUUCAUUUUAUUGUUAUCCUUUCAGAUAUUUUUACCAAAGUGUACAUAAAACUUUGUUAUGUAAAUGAGAUACUUUGUUGUGUAUUAAAUUUGUAAAUUUUUUACUAUUAAAGCUAAUAUUUGGAAACUA